GCGGGGCUGAGGCUGAGGCCCCGCCCCCCGCCCACGAGGAAGUGGCUGCGGCGCCGCGCGGGGCCCAGAGCCGGUUCGGCGCGUCGACUGCCCAGAGUCCGCGGCCGGGGCGCCCCGAGGAGCUAAGCGGCCAUGGCCUACCACAGCUUCCUGGUGGAGCCCAUCAGCUGCCACGCCUGGAACAAGGACCGCACCCAGAUUGCCAUCUGCCCCAACAACCACGAGGUGCACAUCUAUGAGAAGAGCGGGGCCAAGUGGGUCAAGGUGCAUGAGCUCAAGGAACACAAUGGGCAGGUGACAGGCAUUGACUGGGCCCCUGAGAGUAACCGAAUUGUGACCUGUGGCACAGACCGCAAUGCCUACGUAUGGACGCUGAAGGGCCGCACAUGGAAGCCCACACUAGUCAUCCUGCGGAUCAACCGGGCUGCCCGCUGUGUGCGCUGGGCCCCCCAUGAGAACAAGUUUGCUGUGGGGAGUGGCUCCCGUGUCAUCUCCAUCUGCUAUUUUGAGCAGGAAAAUGACUGGUGGGUGUGCAAGCACAUCAAGAAGCCCAUUCGCUCCACGGUCCUCAGCCUGGACUGGCACCCCAACAAUGUGCUGUUGGCCGCGGGCUCCUGUGACUUCAAGUGCAGGAUCUUCUCGGCCUACAUCAAGGAGGUGGAGGAGCGGCCAGCACCCACCCCGUGGGGCUCCAAGAUGCCCUUUGGGGAGCUGAUGUUUGAGUCUAGCAGUAGCUGUGGCUGGGUGCACGGUGUCUGCUUUUCGGCCAGUGGCAGCCGCGUGGCCUGGGUCAGCCACGACAGCACCGUGUGCCUAGCCGAUGCCGACAAGAAAAUGGCUGUUGCCACUCUGGCCUCUGAAACGCUGCCACUGCUGGCCCUGACCUUCAUCACAGAAAACAGUCUGGUGGCAGCGGGCCACGACUGUUUUCCGGUGCUGUUUACCUAUGACAGCACCACAGGGACACUGAGUUCUGGUGGGCGGCUGGACGUGCCCAAGCAAAGCUCGCAGCGUGGCCUGACCGCCCGAGAGCGCUUCCAGAACCUGGACAAGAAGGCGAGCUCAGAGGGCAGCGUGGCUUCUGGCUCCGGCCUGGACUCACUGCAUAAGAACAGCGUGAGCCAGAUCUCGGUGCUCAGCGGGGGCAAGGCUGAGUGCUCACAGUUCUGCACCACAGGAAUGGAUGGUGGCAUGAGCAUCUGGGAUGUGAAGAGCUUGGAAUCAGCCUUGAAGGACCUCAAGAUCAAAUGACCCAUGAGGAAUAUGUUGCCCUCAUCCCCACUGCUGGGGAAGGGGGUCAGGAAGGCUAAGGGUCGCUUUGCUGAAUGUUUCUAGGGUAGUAGUCUGGGUCCCCCUGGAGACUGCUCCAGCCAGAGGGGAGGGCAAAGUGGGGAGGGGCGGGAAGCUUUUCUUACCUAUUGAAGGAACAUAUGUCUUUUUGUCAGAGAAAUGUUUUCAUUUAUUGUUAAAAACAAAAAUGUUCCCAAAGCACUGUGCUGGUCAUGAACUGCUUCAAAAACAUGGAGGUAAUAAAAAAGCAAUCUUAGAA